CGGCCCCAGCGCGAGCGGCGGCGGCGGCGGGCCCGGCGCGGCUCCCUCAGGCUGCUGCAGGAUGGGUGACGACCGGCCCUUCGUGUGCGGCGCCCCGGGCUGCGGACAGAGGUUCACAAACGAGGACCACCUGGCGGUCCAUAAACACAAGCACGAGAUGACAUUGAAAUUCGGCCCCGCUCGCACCGACUCCGUCAUCAUCGCAGAUCAGACCCCGACCCCGACGCGGUUCCUGAAGAACUGUGAGGAGGUGGGACUCUUCAACGAGCUGGCCAGCUCCUUCGAGCACGAGUUCAAGAAAGCGGCUGAGGAUGAUGAGAAAAAGAGCCCGGGGGCCCUGGACAUGUCUCUGCCCCCCACGCCGGACAUGAAGAUCAAGGAGGAGGAGCCGGUGGAGGUGGACUCGUCCCCGCCGGACAGUCCCGCGCCGCGGCCGCGCUCGGCCCCGCGCCAGGACAAGGAGAGCCCCUCCAGGCCCGUGAUCCUCUCCACGCCCACGCCCACCAUCGUGCGGCCGGGCUCGCUGCCGCUGCACCUGGGGGGCUACGAGCCCCUGCACCCCACGCUGCCGUCCCCCACCUCCGUCAUCACCCAGGCGCCCCCCUCCAACAGACAGCUGGGGUCUCCCGGCGGCUCCCUCCCGCUCGUGGUGCAGCUCGCCAACGGGCAGACCGUGCCCGUGCUGCCCGGCCCCGCCGUGCAGAUGCCCUCAGUCAUCUCGCUGGCCCGGCCCAUGGCCAUGGUGCCCAACAUCCCCGGCAUUCCCGGGCCCCCCAUCAACAGCAGCGGGUCCCUGUCGCCCUCCGGACUGCCGGUGCACUCCGAGGCCAAAAUGAGGCUGAAGGCCAGCCUGGCCGGUUCCUCCUCGCUGAACGGCGGCGGCCUGGCGGUGGGCUCGGCCAGCAGCAUGGUGACCGCGCGGCCGGAGCAGAGCCAGGCCCUGGGCCAGCACCCCGACGCGCCCUCGCCGGCCCAGCCCCAGGUGUCCCCUGCCCAGCCCACGCCCAGCACGGGCGGGCGCCGGCGGCGCGCGGCGGACGAGGACCCGGACGAGCGGCGGCAGCGCUUCCUGGAGCGGAACCGCGCGGCCGCCUCGCGCUGCCGCCAGAAGCGCAAGCUCUGGGUGUCCUCCCUGGAGAAGAAAGCCGAGGAGCUGACCAGCCAGAACAUCCAGCUGAGCGUGAAACGAGGUGACGCUGCUCCGGAACGAGGUGGCUCAGCUGAAGCAGCUGCUGCUGGCCCACAAGGACUGUCCCGUCACCGCCCUGCAGAAGAAGAGCCAGGGAUACCUGGGCAGCCCGAAGGAGCGCUCGGAGCCCGCGGGCUCUCCCGCGCCCGUCAUCCAGCACAGCUCGGGCCCCAACGGGCUGGGGGGCGCCGCGCGUUCGGCCGCCGAGGCCGUGGCCACCUCGGUGCUGGCGCAGCUGGCCGGGCAAAGGACAGAGCUGGCCGUGCCCGCGGCCUCGCCCGUCAUCAUGGCCCCACAGUCGCAGUCUGCCGGCAGAUGAUGGCCCGGAGCGCGCUCGGACUGGCCGCGGGACCCUUCCUCUGCAGUCUGGGGUUUUCUCUUCUCUUGUUCCGUGCUGAGUUAAGGGCGGCUCCGGCGCUCCCCCACUGCCCGCGGAGCUCUGGGGCAGAGCCCCGGGAGGGGCGGGUUCGGCCAUCGUGGGGCAAACACUAAAUGGCCCGGCCCUGGCAGGGGGCUGUGACACUCCUGUCCCCUGGGCUGGGGGCUGUGACACUCCUGCUGUCCCCUGGCAGGGGGAUGUGACACUCCUGCAGGACGCUGUGACACUCCUGUCCCCUGGGCGGGGGGCUGUGACACUCCUGCUGUCCCCAGGCAGGACUCUGUGACACUCCUGUCCCCAGGCAGGACUCUGUGACACUCCUGCAGGACUCUGUGACACUCCUGCUGUCCCCAGGCAGGACGCUGUGACACUCCCGCUGUCCCCUGGCAGGACGCUGUGACCCUCCUGCUGUCCCCUGGCAGGACUCUGUGACACUCCCGCUGUCCCCGUGCUGUCCCAGCCCCGUCCCCGCUCCCCGAACCGUUGCACCUUCACCCGGAGCCCCCCGGAGCUCUGAGCUGCCCCAGCCCCAGCCCCAGCCGUGGAUUUUGGGGUCCCUGGGCGCUCGGGGGUCCCGGGCCAGGGCUGCUCCCGCCUCCCCGGGAAUUGGGGCUCCGCUGUGGGACGCAGGGACAGCAGCCGGAGCCACCCCAAAGCCUGUCACCUCCCGCCCACGGACCGCGCUGACCGCGGCAAUGGUGGCCUUAAAUCCCGGAUUGUUCCUGACCGAGGGGAGGGGGCAGACAAAGGAUUCACCCCCGGGCCGGGGCAGGGCCGGAUCCCUCCUGCGCGGGGAGGAGCUGCACCGGGUCCUGGUCCUGCCGGGGGCGCUGGGUGUCCCCUGUGUCCCUGCGGGGACGGGGACGGGGCAUGGGGCAUGGGGCAGGGGGGAUGGGGCAGGGGGCAUGGGAGGGGCUCCGCCGGCUUUUGGGAUGUGGAGGGAAUCUUGUCCCGCUCCCUGGAACGGCUCCAGCCCUCGGAAUUCCGGCCCCUCACAGGUCCCCCCUCAGCCAACCCCCCUCAGGUCAGGUCGCACUCGCCACUUUGGAGCCGGUUGGAUUCUCCAGGUGAUUCCGGUGGUUUCCCACACUUGGAAGGUUCCCAGGGACAGCAAACCCCAAAGCCAGGGCUGAGCAGGAGGAGACGGGGAUGUGAGCGCUGCUGGGAGAGUCCUGAGCUUUGGGGUCUGCCCAGCGAUGGAA